UACAUAAAUUAUUCAAUUUCUAAAAGUAGAAACUCUCAAUUAAUUCGGUUGCUUCUUUUGCUUUGAACUUGAUGAAAAUCGUACACUUUUUUGGAACAGACAGUCUGAAUCAUUAACCAGACACAAAAAAUUAAAGAAGAAGUUUGAAUUAUCGAACAGAACCAGUCUGAUUAGGUAAGCUUCUAGUUCAAACAAAAUCACAACACCACACCACCAUUACAAAACUAAACAAAAAAAAACUAAGUACUUUUUCAUGUCCUAGUAUCAAUCAAAAUGAGAAAAAGAAAAGUUGUCCAUGAUGAUAAUAUCAUCAUAGAUCUCGACUGUUCUUCAGGGGACAGUGUAGUUCAGCCUUCCAAACAGCGUAGUCGAAGAAAGAGGAUUGUUAAACAACCGGAUAAAGCGAAGGGAAAGCUGAACUCUACAGUAUUUGACUUCCACUUUAAAUAUUUGUGGAGCAACUUCCCGGAAGAAAAGAGGACGAUCUUCACAUACUUUGAAUGCAUAUGGUUUUAUUACUACAUGACUGCAUCGUCAAAUGAAAAUGUGCUCACUUGGAUCAGGGAUAAGCACAUUUUUUCAAAGAAAUAUGUUAUUGUUCCCAUUGUUUACUGGAGCCAUUGGAACCUCUUGAUCUUAUGCAACUUUGGUGAGAGUUUAGAUUCGGUGAACGAAACUCCUUGUAUGCUGUUACUGGACUCGCUUCAAAAGGCAGGGCCAAGGAGGCUUGAACCAGCAAUAAGGAGGUUUGUAUUGGAUAUUUUCAGAUCUGAGGGUAGGCCUGAAAGUAAGAAGGCAAUUUCAAAGAUUCCGUUGUUGGUGCCCAAGGUGCCGCAACAGAGAAACAGUGUCGACUGUGGUAACUAUGUUCUUUACUUCAUAAAUUUGUUUGUGAACGAAGCUCCUCCGAACUUUAGCAUGAAGGAUUACCCUUAUUUUAUGAAAGAUGACUGGUUUGAUCUUGAAGGUUUUGCACACUUUUGUGAGAAACUGAAACCCCUCGAGGGGGUAUAAAAUAUUGAAGUUCAUACCAGGAAGAAUUUAUUGCUACCGUAGAUGGUCGCACAUUUAUUAUACAAAAUUACCAUGAAAAUCAAAGUGGAAGAAAUGGGAAUAGUUCAUAAUCUUAUAUUUGUUGUACAAGAGUUCGAAGUGCAGUUGAGUGUUAUGAUCAUAUAUGCUGGAAGAGUUUGUAGCUAGAAGAUUUUAGUGCAUUAUAUAAAGCACAUCAGUUCUUGAAUUUGACAGCAUAAUUAAGUUUACAGAAGCUAGAGGAAAUUUGAUCGUGUUGAACUUCAUUAGAAAGGUAUUGAGCAGAAAUGUAUAAUAGUUAUUAGGCAGGACAGACAUGUAUGAAUUUUAUUUGUCAUUCUUGAAUUGAAAAGAAAGAAAAUGUUGAAGCA